CAGUAGUAUACGGGUUGGUAACCAGUGAAGGCAUUUCCAAAAAAUUACAGUACUUAGUGGCGAGGCUGCAGCAGCCAAGUGUGUUCAGCAUGCAGCCGCCCCCAAGAAAAGGAAAUUAUGCAAAGUUUUUGAAAAACUUGCAUACCGAACAGGCAGCGAAACUGCAGGCAAAAAAUCAACAUGAAUGCGAUUUGUUGGAGGAUAUACGAAAUUUCACGAUUAAGAAAUCUGCAAUCGAAAAGUCCUAUUCUGAGGCGUUACUUAAAAUAUCUUCGGCAUACUUGAAUAAAAAGAUUCCAAAUAUACCUGAUAUCAAAAUCGAGGGUGGAGAAGAAAAAUGGAACAUGUGGAAUGUUUGGAGAACAGUAUUAGAAGAAAACGAGAAACUAGCUAGAGCACGUUUGGCAGCAAUCGAAGUCUUUCAACAACAAAUUGCCGACGAUGCAAAGAGUUUGAAGUUGCACAAAGUUCAAAUUUCUAAAAAGGCUAUCGACCAAUUGAUGAUGGUACAAAAAGAGCUUCAAACUUGCGUACAAGAUGUUGAUAAGACAAAAAAGUUCUAUUUUGACGAAGAGCACAGUGCUCAUGAUGUCCGCGACAAAGCCAAGGAUAUCGAGGAAAAGCUCAAGAAAAAGAAGGGAUCGUUCUUCCAGUCAAUAACAUCACUGCAAAAAAAUAGUGCCAAGGUCAGUUCAAAGCGGGAUGCUUUGGAGGAGAAAUCUACUGGAGCACGUAAUGAUUAUCUACUUAGCCUCGCUGCUGCUAACGCUCAUCAAAACAGAUAUUUUGUAGUGGACUUGCAGACAACGAUGCAGUUCCUAGAACAAGGCGUUUAUGACAAGGUAGCCGAAUACCUAACACUCAUGGGCCGCACAGAACUCCUCACAUGCUUAGCAACACAGAACAGUUUUGGUAAAAUCCGUGAUCAAGCUCAACAGCUUACCCGGGAGUAUAACUUACAAUGUUGUUACCUGUACUAUCCAGUAUUGAAACAACAUAUACAAUAUGAAUUUGAACCUUGCGAUAGUGACCCAGUUAACAGAGUUACGGCAGACCAUUCAGCGUCGUUAACAUUAGGAAAAGAAGCUCGGCGAUGGGCAACAAGAAUGGCCAGAGAAGGGAAUACUAUAAGAGAAGCUACUAAAAAAUUGCAAUUUGUACAACAGCUCAAAGAAUCUGGACAAAAGUCGGAUCCUAAUGAUCCGAAUGGACCUGAUUUGGAUACAAAGAUGGAUGAAUUGAAACAGACUAUCAGGCGCUCAGAAACUGCAAAGAUGAAGGCGGAAGCACGGCUCGAUUGUCUUCGCAACGGUGGUGUCAACAUUGAUGAACUGUUACAAGAAGCUGAAACGUUGAGUGUGCAAGAUAUGCCUCGUUCCGCCAGCUCUAUAUCAUUUCGCACUGAUGCAUCUGGAGUAGCGGAACAUCCGUCCUCAGAUUCGUUUUAUGACAGUGAUGGUGACGGUGGCAGUGAUCUCACUACAGUUGAAAGGCCAGGCACGAAUCAUGGCGCCAUAGAACAAUCUGAAGAGAAUGCGGAAGAGGAAGAUAGGCAAAGGCAUGACAGUACAGAAGUUGAUGCAAUGUUGGAACAAGAACAGCAACGAAUAGAGCAACUCACUGCUGGUUGGGAUGAUGCAACUGCAGUCGACUGGGAUGACGAUGACAAAGCUGAUGCAAAUCAAGCGCAAGAGUCAUCAGAGGUCGCUUCUAACCAGCAAAUAUACAAAUGCACAGCACUUUAUUCAUACACAGCACAAAACCCUGAUGAAUUAUCGAUUGUUGAAAGUGAGCAACUCGACGUUGUCGGUGAGGGUGAUGGAGACGGAUGGCUUCGAGCACGGAACUACCGUGGUGAAGAGGGAUUUGUGCCUCAGAAUUAUCUAGAUGUUGAAAGAGACGUCGACACUACAACUGGUUUAAGUUCACAAGGACCUGGAACGCUUGUUCAGCAAAUCUCAUUCUCCUCAGUCGAUUAUACUAUUGAUGACCAUGACGCUGUUGACCCUGAUAUGAAUUUACAGGACACAACUGAAAACACAGUCAUAGAAACCCACAUAAAUGGUACAUCACAGUACUGCAUAGCGUUGUACGAUUAUGAUGCCAACAGUGCUGAAGAGCUCAGUUUCAUGGAAGGAGAUGUGUUGCGAGUUUUACGAAAAGAACCACACGAUGUCGAUGAUGGCUGGUGGGAAGGAGAACUACGUGGCCAAUGUGGCAUUUUCCCAUCUCUUAUAGUUGAACCAUGCGCCGCUGAUGGAUCGCCCUUGACACCGCAGGAGGACAACACACCGCCAAGUUCAGCACCACCUGUAUUUACACCACCUGAAAUACCAGAGUUCUUGUUAUCUGAUGACAUCACUCAACCUAUUCCACCUGAGUUUUCUGAAAAUAUGCCGAGUCAAGUGAUGAGCGAUCAACAGGGUUUUGCAAUCAAAUUAUCUAAGAACCAACACGACCAUUACGGGUCACAGUUUGGAGACGAUGUUGAUACCCAGCCACCAGGAAUAAUAGUUGUGGAAGUUACUGAUGAAUCGGUUCCUCAGGAAGAUGAGAAUCAACAAGAGCAAGAAUCUGAUGUGGAAGUUCAAAGGAUAGUGUCCUCUCAAGAAACUGACGAGUUUGGUUUGGGUGUAGCACAGAUAGUUAUUACCGCAGCUACGCCUAUGGAAGAAAUCGAGCGAUCGUUUCCUAGUAAUGGAGACGAAGCUUCCGAGGAAACAAAGGACAAAGCUAAAAAAUCUUCAAAAGAUUCAGUUAAGAAAACAGCAGAAAGUGACCUUCGGGAACAAGUUGACGUACAACAACGAGACGAGGUGGAGGUAUUAGAGGAAACUGAUGAAAAAUCUGUCGUCGACGAUUUCUCUGCUGAUUCAGCCCCCUUUCCAGUAAGCAGCAGCUCUGGUAGUGAGGCGGAUUCAACAUCUGGGCCCAGCACUGCUGAGAACUCACAGUCUUUGGUGACGCGUGACACAGAGAUUGAUUCUCAAGUGGCAGAUAUGCCAGACAUUGUCCAAGAAAAGGUAAUCGUUGGAGGAAGAGCGAGCAUUCCAGAUGAACUACAACCAGAUCAAUUAGAAAAACUUCAAAACUUGAAAGAAUCUAAUGCCUAGGAUUGACCUGGCCUCGGAGAAACAACAGAAUGUCCCGCCUUAACAGAAAAAUUGGCUCUUCCGAAAAAUCAUCAGUACAAAUUUCAGCACUUGUUGGAAUUUUGGAAUUCUCCUGAGGUUCUUGGAAAAAAAGACUAAUCAUACUGUAACUAAAUAUUUUUAUGUUAAUAUUAUGUACACAAUUUUUGCUAGCUAAUACUCUAGGUGAAAAUAGUUAAAAAGUAAGUUGCGAUUUUUGCAACAUAUUUACAAGAUAUUAAUAUACAGACUUCAAGUAAUAAAGAGAAUUGUCGAUACCUGUAA